UUCGGGAGCUGUAUAUCGAAGGAAACCUUGUGAAGGUUUACCCUGGCUCAAGCAAGGUGGUCUCGUCACUGAAACUGGGACGGACGGUCAGCGGUGCCGUGGUUGGGGAACUGAUCCGUGCAAACCGCGCCACGCUCGAGUCGUUCUCCGUUGACAUGUACCGGAGUGACAGGAACCAGUGGCUUCAUUACGAUGGCUCUGAUCCGAAGUCGCCAUUGUGGAAGGAGCUAACCAAGUGCAAAGGUUUGAAGCGAAUGUCCUUAACGCCGCCCAUAACCUUGAUCAACUCUUUCCCACAACUGCGGUCGUUCAGCAUCCAUGAGUUUGGUGAUGAGAAGCAUAUCAGUGUAAAAAGAAUCUUUUCAAAGUCGCCUGUCCUCAAGAAGCUCGAGAAACUAAGUUUAGGAAUGGGCUACCAUGGUCAUCGAGGACUGUUACAGAUUGUGGGGUCCAACUGCACAGCGGUACGUGAGCUCGCCAUCCUGUUUCGGAGCUCAGGUCGCAUGGAUUUCGUGAAUGUGCACGUGGACGUUCCGCGGGACCUGCACGUUAUUUUGGGCAGCAUGUCCAACUUGCAGAAGCUGACGCUGUCUGUCGCCCGAGUGCCUAGCACUGUGCUGGACGGCAUAGCACAAGGCGCUCUCCCAAAGCUGACGCACCUCAAGCUGAAUUCUUGUGGC